AUGGACUGGGUGGAGGAUGAGAUUAAGCGCUUCCAAUAUCCCAUGAUGUUGAAACCAGUGGUCCUCAACCCCCGGGUCGUGGACCGGUACCGGGCCGUUGGUCAUUCGGAACUUAACAAAGAAGAGCAACUCCUACCUCACACUAGACAGAGAAGAACUGUUCUAACAGGGCAGUGGAAAUACAGCAUUGAUGUCGUAGUGAAUAUCUCUGAUGCACAAACCUUUGAGCUGAUUCGCUCGUCCUUGAAUGCUACUGAUCUUCCCAUACGAAUCGAUAACCAAACGGAGAUCUCGGACAUCAGUAUCACAACUGUGUGUUCGUCAACUGACUCUGGUUUCCAGUGCAGAUGUGAGGAACAGUUUGCGUGGCCCUACAGCACCUGUGUCACAUACGGUGCCUGUGAACGCACAUGGAGAAGCAUUUGUAAAUGCAUCAAUGCUAUUCCGCCCGGCAACCAGUCCUGUCAGCCGAUAUCAGCGCUGCUAACUCAGGUCGAGUACGACGUUGAGGUGGAGCUGAACGUGACAGAUGUUGUGACAGUGGACUACCUCAGGAGCCUAUUGAACAACAAUAGCUUCUCGCUCGACCUGGGUCCCAUUGUGAAUGUCACAAACAUCGACAUCAACACAGUUUGUUACCUAAAUGGAAGCAGCUUCCAGUGCAGAUGUGAGGACCAGUAUGUCUGGCCUUCUACGGACUGUGUUUCAUACGGAGCCUGUGAUGAGAUGACUAAUGACACGUGCAGCUGUAUCAACAGUAUUCCAUCCAAUGGGCACUACUGCCAGGCAAAGACAGUUCCUCCAGUUGUCUAUGAAUAUAUUAUUACAAUUGAGCUGAACACCACAGAUGUUACGGAGAUAGACCGACUGAGAAACAUCAGCUACCCAGUCAGCAUCAGCAACAACACACAAGUCUCUGGCAUGAACAUCUCUACAGUUUGCUCUCCGAGCAGCAGUGGUUACCAGUGCAGAUGUGAGGAUCAGUAUCGUUGGUCAUGUGACCAGUGUUUCAUGUAUGGAUCCUGUGACAACAUCACCUCCAACACAUGUGGAUGUAUCAAUGCCAUCCCUGCUGAUGGACAGCAUUGUCAGCCUGUUGACCAAUACAUUUGCUCUCCGAGCAGCAGUGGUUACCUGUGCAGAUGUGAGGAUCAGUAUCGUUGGUCAUGUGACCAGUGUUUCAUGUAUGGAUCCUUUGACAACAUCACCUCCAACACAUGUGGAUGUAUCAAUGCCAUCCCUGCUGAUGGACAGCAUUGUCAGCCUGUUGACCAAUACACUUCUCCAGUUGUCUAUGAAUAUAUUAUUACAAUUGAGCUGAACACCACAGACGUUAAAGAGAUAGACCGAAUUAGAAACAUCAGCUACCCAGUCAGCAUCAGCAACAACACACAAGUCUCCGGCAUUAACAUCUCUACAGUUUGCUCUCCGAGCAGCAGUGGUUACCAGUGCAGAUGUGAGGAUCAGUAUCGUUGGUCAUGUGACCAGUGUUUCAUGUAUGGAUCGUGUGACAACAUCACCGUCAACACAUGUGGAUGUAUCAAUGCCAUCCCUGCUGAUGGACAGCAUUGUCAGCCUGUUGACCAAUACAUUGUGUAUGAAUAUAUUAUUAGAAUUGAGCUCAACACCACAGACGUUACAGAGAUAGACCGACUGAGAAACAUCAGCUACCCAGUCAGCAUCAGCAACAACACACAAGUCUCUGGCAUGAACAUCUCUACAGUUUGCUCUCCGAGCAGCAGUGGUUACCAGUGCAGAUGUGAGGAUCAGUAUCGUUGGUCAAGUGACCAGUGUUUCAUGUAUGGAUCCUGUGACAACAUCACCUCCGACACAUGUGGAUGUAUCAAUGCCAUCCCUGCUGAUGGACAGCAUUGUCAGCCACUGACAGAUUCGACACCUGCUGCUACAACAGUUAUGAACACUACAACAGCUGCAGUGCCAACAAUGAUUGCUAAAACUACCACCACAAUUACGGCUGCUACCUUGACCAAGGCUACUAACAUGGCUAGGAUUGCUACCGCUAACACUACCAACCCCGCCACCACAACUACGGCAGCCACCAUUACCAAUAAACCUACCGCUACUACGAUUGUAACCACGGCUACCCCCACGACUACUAUUCCCACUACUAACACUACCAAACCCCCCACCACAAGUACGACGGCUACCAUUACCAGUACACCUACCGCUACUACGAUUGCUACCACGGCUACCCCGGUUACCACCACGAAUAAGAUUGUUGCCACUAACACUACCCCCAGCCCCACCACAACUACAGCUGCUACCACGUAUACCACGGCUACCAAAACAACUACGAUUGCUAACACUAACACUAACCCCCCCACAACUACGGAUGCUACCACGACUAUGAUUGUUACUGCGGAUACCCCGGCUACCACCAAGACUACGGUUGCUACCACUAACACUACCAACCCCCCCACCAUAACUACAGCUACUACCACGACCAUUACACCUACCAUUACUACGAUUGCUACCACGGCUACCCCUGCUACCACCACGACUAAGACUGCUACCACUAACACUACCCCAAGCCCCACCACAACUACAGCUGCUACCACGGCUACCAACACGACUACGAUUUCUACCACUAACACUACCAACCCCCCCACCACAACUACAGCUGUUUCCAUGACCACUACCCCUACCACGAUCGCUACUAUGAUUGUUACCACUGCUACCCCCACGACAACGAUUCCCACCACUAACACUAACCCCACUCCCACCACAACUACGGCGGCUACCAUUACCAUUACACCUACCGCUACCACAGCGGCUACCACCACGACUACGAUUGCUACCAGUCACACUACCCCCACCACAACUACAGCUGCUACCUUGACCACUGCUACCAACACGACUACGAUUGCUACCCCUAACACUACCCCCAUCCCAACCACAACUACGGCUGCUACCAUGACCACUACCCCUACCACGACCGCUACUGCAAUUGCUACCACGGCUACCCAGGCUACCAACACGACUAUGAUGGCUACCACAAACAGUACCCUUACCACAAUGACUACUUUGAUUGUAACCAUGGCUACCCCGGCUACCACCACAACUACGGCUGCUACCACUAACACUACCCCUACUACGAUUGUUACCACGGCUCCCCCGGCUACCACCACAACUACGAUUGCUGCCAAUAAUACUACCACCAUCCCCACCACAACUACAGCCGCUACCUUGACCACAGCUACCAACACGGCUACGAUUGCAAAUGCUAACUCUACCCCCAACCCCACCACAUCUACGGCAGCUUCCAAGACCAUUACUCCUACCACAAAUGCUACUACGAUUGCUACCAUGGCUACCACCACGACUAAGAUUGCUACCAGUCACACUACCCCCACCACAACUACAGCUGCUACCUUGACCACUGCUACCAACACGACUACGAUUGCCACCACUAACACUACCCCCAUCCCAACCACAACUACGGCUGCUACCAUGACCACUACCCCUACCACGACCGCUACUGCGAUUGCUACCACGGCUACCCCGGCUACCAACACAACUACGAUUGCUAUUACUAACACUACCAACCCCUCCACCACAACUACGGCUACUACCACGACCGUUACCCCUACCACUACUAUGAUUGCUACCACGGCUACCCAGGCUACCAACACGACUAUGAUGGCUACCACAAACAGUACCCUUACCACAAUGACUACUUUGAUUGUCACCAUGGCUACCCCGGCUACCACCACAACUACGGCUGCUACCACUAACACUACCCCUACUACGAUUGUUACCACGGCUCCCCCGGCUACCACCACAACUACGAUUGCUGCCAAUAAUACUACCACCAUCCCCACCACAACUACAGCCGCUACCUUGACCACAGCUACCAACACGACUACGAUUGCAAAUGCUAACUCUACCCCCAACCCCACCACAUCUACGGCUGCUUCCAAGACCAUUACUCCUACCACAAAUGCUACUAUGAUUGCUACCAUGGCUAACCACAUGACUACGAUUGCUACGAAUAACACUACCACCACCCCAACUACAACUAUGACUGCUAUCUUGCCCACGGCUACAAAUACGACUAAGAUUGCUACCACUAACACUACCCCCAACCCCACCACAACUAUGGCUGCUACCAAGACCAUUACACCUUCCACAAACGCUAGUACGAUUGCUACCACGGCUACCCCGGCUACCAACACGACUACGAUUGCUAUUACUAACACUACCAACUCCCCCACCACAACUACGGCUACUACCACGACCGUUACCCCUACCACUACUACGAUUGCUACCACGGCUACCCAGGCUACCAACACGACUAUGAUGGCUACCACAAACAGUACCCUUACCACAAUGACUACUAUGAUUGUCACCAUGGCUACCCCGGCUACCGCCACAACUACGGCUGCUACCACUAACACUACCCCUACUACGAUUGUUACCACGGCUCCCCCGGCUACCACCACAACUACGAUUGCUGCCAAUAAUACUACCACCAUCCCCACCACAACUAUGACUGCUAUCUUGCCCACGGCUACAAAUACGACUAAGAUUGCUACCACUAACACUACCCCCAACCCCACCACAACUAUGGCUGCUACCAAGACCAUUACACCUUCCACAAACGCUAGUACGAUUGCUACCACGGCUACCCCGGCUACCAACACGACUACGAUUGCUAUUACUAACACUACCAACCCCUCCACCACAACUACGGCUACUACCACGACCGUUACCCCUACCACUACUACGAUUGCUACCAUGGCUACCCAGGCUACCAACAAGACUAUGAUGGCUACCACAAACAGUACCCUUACCACAACGACUACUAUGAUUGUCAACAUGGCUACCCCGGCUACCGCCACAACUACGGCGGCUACCACUAACACUACCCCUACUACGAUUGUUACCACGGCUCCCCCGCCUACCACCACAACUACGAUUGCUGCCAAUAAUACUACCACCAUCCCCACCACAACUAUGACUGCUAUCUUGCCCACGGCUACAAAUACGACUACGAUUGCUACCACUAACACUACCCCCAACCCCACCACAACUAUGGCUGCUACCAAGACCAUUACACCUUCCACAAACGCUACUACGAUUGCUACCACGGCUACCACCACGACUACGAUUGCUAUCACUACCACUACCCCCACCACGGCCACUACCACCAGUGCACUUACGACAACUAAUAACCAAACAGAAACAGUUUUCAAAAUGGAAAUGUCAAUGAGAUUGGACAUGACUUACACAUCAGAGUUAAGUGAUACAUCAAGUACCAUGUACAACGAUUUGAAGUCACAGAUUGAUGCAGUGAUAGAUGAGCAGUAUAAAGGAAUUCCAGGAUAUAGAGGAGGUUUUGUGACAGUAUUCAGCAAAGGAAGCAUUAUUACAAAAUUUGUUAUACAGACGACACAAGUUGACUUUGAUCAGAUCUUGGUUGAAAAUCAAAAACUCCCUGAAGCAAUUAUAAAUAGUAGCAUUGCUCCUGUCAUUGGCGCAGUUUCUGCAAUUUACCAAAGUUCAACUUCAAUCAUCAUUCCAGAGCUCACUUACACUGGUGCCAGCCUGUACCUGAAGUGUGAGCCUCCAGAAAGCUUUAGCGUGGGACUAAUUUCCAGUUCCAGAUGGACAUUUAAUGGACAGGAAAUUAAAGACAGUGGAAGGUUUAAAAUAACUACUUCCAACUCUAUGUCAAUGCUUGAAGUUAAGAAAGUGAUUCCUGCUGAUAGUGGACCUUACAGUUGCACUCUAAACAAAAACAACCUGGAAUUCCAGCAAAAAGGAAUUGUAAUGGAAGGCAACAUCAAAAAAGCUCCUGUUGUGCGUCUCAGGAGUGAAUUUCAUGUUAGAUGCGUAACUGGACAGAUACAACCCCUCAAGUGUUGUGUGCAGCGUCCCUACACAAUCAAGUGGUCUCAAGGCAAAGACCAGUUGACCUCAGAUUCUGUUACCGGUGAAGACGACAACUGCAUCAAGCAUGAUUACAAAUUAGAAAGCUGCAGUGGUUCAGGGGAAGAUCAAAUAAUUUUUACAUGCAGGGUGGAUAACCCAUCAAAUUAUGAAAUGACAUCGACAAUGACGAUCUUCAAAGAGAAUUUCAGAUGCAAUGACGCUCAGUAUGGGACAGGUCUUGUAGGAGACCGAACAAGCAUUGAGUGUGAUAUAGGUCAAGUAGGAAGAAGGCUGGCGGAAUGCCAGGAAACGGGCGAGUGGAAACUGGUCGAAGACACCUGCAUUGUAAUAGAAAUCAAUGAAUUACUGAUUGAGUCACAGACUUUGGAUGAGGAGGGAGUGCCAGAUUUUGUAGGGAAUCUAAGUAAAGCUGUCCAGAAAGAAAGACAGGACAUUGAAAACUCAACUGCAACCAUAUCUGCUAUUGUUGACAUCCUAAACACUGUUGCAAAUGUUUCAACUGCUGUCGAUGAAACCGUCAUGCAGAAUAUCCUAGAGACUGUUGAUGUCAUCAUAGGUGAAGAAUCAAGAGAGUCUUGGGUAAUUUUGAAUGCAAAUAAGACCAGCAAUUCCAGCUCAAAAUUGUUGGGUUCAUUGGAGAGUCUCUCCAGUUAUUUGAACGGCGAGUUUUCCGUAAGGACUGCACGGAUCCUGCUAAACAGAACGACGUUUGAUGACUCCUUCAUGGCAGACCUGAACUCCAGCAUCGUCCUAAACAUUGCGAAAAACAGCAUGAGCAAUGUUUAUAUUACCACCAUCCUCCUCUCAACCCUUAAUAUUGUUAUGCCGACACGAAACUCCACCUUUGACGUCAGCCCCUUCAAUACCACCAGUAAUGAAACUGCCAGUGAUAAUGCAAUCAAUGCAGCCGUGCUGCUUGUCAAAAUAAAUGCCACGGUUCAGAAUGUCCUCCUGAGCUACGACAAGCUGAACAGCUCCUUGACAAUGCACCCGCAGUGCGUCUUCUGGAACUUCACACUCUUUGACAAUUUUGGUGCUUGGGAUGAUGAGGGAUGUAAGUUUGUUUCCGACAUAAACAACAUAGUAACCUGCAGCUGUAACCACCUCACCUCCUUCUCAAUUCUGAUGGCAACGGACAUCCCUCCAUCUCUAAGAAAAGCCUUGGAUAUAAUCACUUAUGUUGGAGUUGGAAUAUCACUGGCAAGCUUGGUUAUAUGUCUAGUUAUUGAAGGGUAUGUUUGGAAAGCAAUUACCAGGAAUAGCACUGCCUUCAUGCGUCACGUUUCCAUCGUAAAUACCGCCCUGUCUCUGUUGAUUGCUGAUAUCUGCUUCAUCAUUGGUGCCUCUAUAGCAAACAAUCCCCUUGAAAACCCAGGGGGGGACUACGAACUUCGUCUUGGACCAUGUAGCACGGCAACAUUUUUUAUGCACUUUUUCUACCUUGCUCUUUUCUUUUGGAUGCUCGUGUCAGGCCUUUUGCUCUUUUACAGGACGGUCAUGGUCUUCUCGUACAUGUCCAAGUCAAUCAUGUUGGCCAUUGGUUUCUGUUUAGGAUACGGCUGUCCUCUAAUUAUAGCUGUUAUUACUGUUGCUGUCACAGCACCAGGUAAUGGGUACAUUAGGAAAUCCAAGGCUUGUUGGCUGAACUGGUUUGAGACAAAAGCUCUCCUGGCCAUGGUGAUACCGGCCUUGACCAUAGUUUUCAUCAACAUUUUAAUUGUAAUUUGGGUCUUAUACAAAAUGCUGAAAAGAGGUGUGGGAGACGCUGCACAAUCUGAUGAGAAAAACACGCUGGUGGUCAUAACGAGAUGUCUGGUCAUUUUGACUCCUUUAUUUGGAUUGACCUGGGGUUUGGGUGUGGGAACCAUGGUGUCAUCCACAAAUGAAGCAAUCCAUAUUGCCUUUGCAUUCUUCAAUUCACUACAGGGUUUAUUCAUUUUAUUGUUUGGGGUACUACUCGAUUCAAAGACUCGUUCUCUCCUCGGAAGGAAAUCACCUCGAACAAGCACUGGCUCUAAUUCUACGAGGAGUACAGGUGCUGGCAUUUCCUCCUUGAGUGGAAAUAAUUUUAUUGGCAGACUACUAGGAAGAAGAAAUGUCUACCACGUUUCACAAGCUACAAACACAAACAGCAGCGGUGCAACGGAGUCAUUUAGUAAUAUAUGA